GAAGGAUCCACCAUCAGGAGAAGAAAGAUCUCUCGCUCAACCAAUCUGGAACAAAUCGCAAGACAGUGGGAUUGCAGAGAUGGAGGAGCUCCCGGUGCCCCACAACAUCAAAAUCAGCAACAUCACCUGUGACUCCUUUAAGAUUUCAUGGGAGAUGGAUUCUAAAUCCAAGGAACGCAUCACACACUACUUCAUUGAUCUAAAUAAGAAAGAGAACAAGAAUUCCAACAAAUUUAAGCACAAGGAUGUCCCCACGAAGCUCGUUGCAAAAGCCGUUCCUCUGCCAAUGACGGUCCGCGGCCAUUGGUUCCUGAGCCCAAGAACUGAGUACACGGUAGCUGUCCAGACCGCCUCAAAGCAAGUGGAUGGUGAUUACAUGGUUUCAGAAUGGAGUGAAAUCAUAGAGUUUUGCACAGCAGAUUAUUCAAAGGUCCACUUAACACAGCUUUUGGAAAAAGCGGAAGUGAUUGCGGGACGCAUGCUGAAAUUUUCAGUCUUUUAUCGGAACCAGCACAAAGAAUACUUUGAUUACAUCAGAGAGCAGCACGGAAAUGCGCUGCAGCCUUCUGUCAAGGAUAACAGCGGCAGCCAUGGCUCUCCGAUCAGCGGGAAGCUGGAAGGCAUCUUCUUUAGCUGCAACACCGAAUUCAAUACCGGGAAGCCCCCGCAAGAUUCACCGUACGGAAGGUACCAGUUCGAGAUUGCAGCAGAAAAACUGUUCAACCCGAACACUAACUUGUACUUUGGGGACUUCUACUGCAUGUACACGGCCUACCACUAUGUCAUCCUCGUCUUGGCACCCGCCGGAUCGCCGGGAGACGAAUUCUGUAAGCAGCGCCUCCCUCAGCUGAACUUGCAGGACAACAAAUUUCUGACCUGCACCGAAGAAGACGGAGUCAUGGUUUACCACCAUGCGCAGGAUGUAAUCUUGGAAGUGAUUUACACCAACCCUGUGGAUAUCUCCCUUGGCACCGUUUCAGAAAUUACCGGUCACCAGCUAAUGAGCUUGUCGACCGCAAAUGCCAAGAAAGAUCCCAGCUGCAAGACCUGCAACAUCAGUGUUGGACGUUAAUUUCAAAAUCCCUUCCCUCCCCCUUCCUUAGGAGCCUUCUCCAUCGCCUCAUCCCCAUUGCCAGCCAUUCUCAUCCGACGCAUGCAUAAUGCCGUCCUCUCCAAAAGCAGACACCCAGUGAUCAGAUUCUUCAACAGCAUUCUUAGGGUGGAACUACAGGUUAUGGCCAACACAGGGCAGUCCCUUCUACGUGGCAUUCUAUGUCAAGUUUACCCCUCUCCUCUGCAACUUACCCAAAGUUGUGGUGCCUUCAUGUUAAGACAGUUCCCUGACCGUGUUCCAAACCAUUUGGCAAAGCGUGCUGGGAAAAUGCACAUGACGACAUCACCACUGCGGCAAGGGCACCCAAAUAUUGCCGGGAGGGGAAGGGAGAACCGAACAUAGGAAUGCCAUUUUCAGCAGCCGCCUUGUCAACUUUAGCAUGCAGCUGUGCCCUCGGUACUUCCGCCCCACCUUCCGCCCCCUUCUGGUCCACCAGUGCUUUUCAACUGUUAGAAAUCUCGACUCUUUCUCUAUAGCAACCAUUUAUAUACCUAGAUGCUGCAAUUGGUGUUUUAAAAUCUCUUCCCUUUUUUUUUCUCUUUCUCUCUGUCUCUCUCUCUCCAUAUUGCCAAAUGUAACAAAUCUAUAUAAAACAGCUUUAGCAAAUAAAACUACAGGCUUCUAAAUGGUGUUUAAAUAUGUAUUCAUUUUAAUCUACUGAACAACUUAACUGGGGAAUCUCCAAACAGCAUGAAAGGUUGUAAACUGCAGCAUGACGUAACUCUUCGCAGCCUAGAAGUAUGUCAGCACCUCCAACGUGUUGUUUGACAGUGUUAUUUAUGUUAUUUAUAUUAGCUAACAGGAAACAACAGC